AUCUUUUUUGUCAUUCUACAUUUGGUGAUCAUAACGUGCAGAAUGAUAGUUCAAUACGUAAUAGGUUUUUGUUUAUUUUUUGCCUUCUCUCAUGGACUUUCCAAAGACGAAAACAAAAUGGUAAUUCUUGAGAAAAGGGUUAAAGAUCUUGAAGACCUAGCAACAAAACUUCUCAGAAAAGUAGACCUUGCUGAGAGAAAUAUCCAAAGCUUGUUAUCCGAGAAUAUUCAGAUCAAGAAAGAAUUGAAGUACACAAGUGACCAGGUACAGGACUUAGAAAACCAAACCAUUCCGAUGACUGACUGGUCUUCUUCACCUAGAUAUACAGGAUAUGGUAGCAUUAAGUCCUUACAGAACAUGAAAAAUCUUGGACAAAAUCACAAAAAUCACAGUGAAAAAGGAAGGCAUUUAAGGCAGCUUGAAUUUCAUCAAUUUCAGCAGUACACCCACUCCAUCAUGACCAAACAGCGAAUCGGCUUCACUGCAGUAACAACAGACCAUCAAACACAUAUGGGAAUAAAUCAGUCAAUUCUCUUCCUAAAUGUUAUAGAAAAUGUAGGUAACGGACUGGAUCCCUUCACAAGCGUCUUCAAAGCUCCCGUUUCUGGUCUUUAUAUCUUCAGUGUCUCUCUUGUUAAUCAUCCAGGUCUCGAAGUGAGAGCUUCAAUUGUGAAGAAUGGAAAUCCAGUUGUUAGAAUAUUUAGUGGUGAUAGUACCACUUAUGCAAGUGGUACCAGUACAAUUGUAUUGGAUCUGUCCAUUAAUGACGAUGUUUGGGUAAGAAUUACCGAUGCAUCGGACAUAAAUAUAAAUGGGGGUGCUUGGUCAUCAUUUACGGGAGUUCUUGUUUCAUGAGUUGUUAAUGUUUUUUAACAUCCACUCUUCCCAAGACUAACAAGAAUAAAAAGAUAAAUCUGGACUUUCCACUUA